CGGCUGCGUUCCGGCUCCCGCGGCUCGGAGACGCGCGGUGCGACUGCCCGGUGGUCCCGGCUUCCGCGUCCCAGGCCCGACCCGGCCCGGGCCUCCGCCCCGCUUCCGCCCCAGCCACGGCCCGCCGAACCCGCGGGCACCCGAGCCGCCAGCGACGCCCGCACAGCCGCGGGGGCCCGGGCGGGGGGCCAUGCCGUGCGGGCGGGAGGAGGAGGAAGCCGGCGACGAGGCGGAGGGGGAGGAGGACGACGACAGCUUCCUCCUGCUGCAGCAGUCGGUGACUCUGGGCGGCUCGGCGGACGUGGACCAGCUCAUCGCCCAGAUCGGCGAGACGCUGCAGCUGGACGCGGCGCACGAGGGUCCGGCCUCGCCGUGUGCUGCCCCGGACCCCCCGCCCCCACGGGUGUUGGCGACGUUGCCGGCGGACACGGCCCGGGUCCCAGCGAGGCGGCUGCUACGGCCGGCAGCGUUUGCGGAGGCCCGGGACCCGGCGCCCCCGGGAGCCGUGCGCUGCGUGUUGGGAGAGCGCGGGCGCGUGCGGGGCCGGGCGGCGCCCUACUGCGUGGCGGAGCUCGCCGCCGGCGCCAGCACGCUUUCUCGACCCGGGAGGCGGGGGUGGCUCCCGGGUGCCGUGGCAUCCCGGCGAAUCCAGCAGCGGCGAUGGGCCCCAAACGGAUCGCGCGCGGGCGAGGACGACCCACACCGACUCCUGCAGCAGCUCGUGCUUUCGGGAAACCUCAUUAAGGAGGCGGUGCGCAGGCUCCAGCGAGCGGUCGCCGCGGUCGCAGCCACGAGCCCAGCGAGCGCCCCGGGGUCCGGAAGUGGCCGAAGCGGACCAGAUCCAGUUACCAUGCAACCCUCGGGCGCCUGGCUCUGACC